AUGGGGUCUGGGGGUUCCACUGAUGCGAAGAAAAAAUCCGCAGCCAGUGAGGAGAAAUACAAACCCGAGGACACUGCCGGCACAGAAAGCAUGGAGGUUGCUGCAAUGAGCGCCAAGCCGAGGCGAUUAAAGAAGGCAGCCACACGUGCAAGACUGGAGGAGCGGUCCACUUCGCCCCGUCCACCAGAUACACCAGCAGAAGCAGUCACCCCUACAACAGAGGUGCGCCCAUGCGACCACUGUGGGGAGAUGAGAAAAACCACCAACUUCUGCCGUGGUGAGGAGGUUGGGCCCUGA